ACGGAAAAUCGAAAGACUCGAAAACCUCUAAUUUCUUUUAAUCAGAUUGUAGAAUUAUAGAAGAAAUUUUCGCAGGCAAUCUAUAAGCAAUCGAUCCCCUAAUAUCCGUCUUAUUAGCCAGAAUCUUUCCCAGAAAAUCUUCGCCAGAUUUUUCCGUUUUUCUCCAGGUAAUAAGUUGAAUUGAGUUGAUUCGAUUCAAGAUGAGAGCCACACUGGCGUUCUAAUGUCACUGUUUCGGAUACUCAUUAAUCAGCUUGAAGAAGAAGACGAAGAAAUGGCUACUUCUAAGAAAGUGAUCACACGUGAAGGAUGGGAGAAGAAACUUAAUGCUGUAAAGCUUAGGAAAGAAGACAUGAACACUUUGGUUAUGAAUUUUCUUGUCACCGAGGGAUAUGUAGAAGCUGCUGAGAAAUUUCAAAGAGAGUCUGGAACUAAACCAGAGAUAGAUCUUGCGACCAUCACAGAUCGAAUGGCUGUUAAAAAGGCUGUUCAAAAUGGCAAUGUUGAAGAUGCUAUUGAAAAAGUGAAUGAUUUGAAUCCUGAGAUACUAGACACAAAUCCGGAGCUGUUUUUUCAUCUUCAACAGCAGAGGUUGAUAGAACUUAUUCGACAAGGGAGAACAGAAGAAGCCUUGGAGUUUGCUCAAGAGGAACUCGCGCCACGUGGAGAAGAAAACCAAGCGUUUCUGGCAGAAUUGGAAAAAACUGUAGCCCUGCUUGUUUUUGAAGAUGCCUCUAACUGCCCGGUUAAAGAGCUUCUUGACAUUUCCCACCGCCUUAAGACAGCAAGUGAAGUGAAUGCAGCUAUUCUUACAAGCCAGAGUCAUGAAAAAGAUCCCAAACUUCCAAGCUUGUUGAAGAUGCUGGUUUGGGCGCAAAAUCAACUGGAUGAGAAGGCAGUGUAUCCGCACAUAAAUGAUUUGUCUACUGGUAAGCUCGAAGACCCAGCAGAAUAAUUCCAUACUUCUUUCAGCAAUUGGAGAAAAGCUGCAAAAGGGAACAAUAAAUGGUGCCCUUCUCUUCCCUUCAAUCUCAAUAACUCAAGAUUCAUCAUAUGUUUUAGCAACAAAUGCUUUCCGCCUUUCCCUUUUCUUCUGCAUUGUUAUUUGUUGGACCCGGAAUUGUUUAGAAUUAUGUGGAGGGGGAACAUAAAGCUGUUGCAGACAAUGAAUUACAUUAGUCAAAAUGUUCAGAUUGUCAACAUAUUCCAUGACUCAUUGCAUAUGUUCAUUUGAUUUGAAUAAAGUUAUCGACCUUAUUUGGA